AUGCCCGCCGAGAGCCUUCUUUUUGCCCCAAGAUGGCGUCGAUGCGGGAGAGCGACACCGGCCUGUGGCUGCACAACAAGCUGGGCUCGGCCGCCGAGCUGUGGGCGCCGCCGAGCAUUGCCUCGCUGCUCACCGCCUCGGUCAUCGACAACAUCCGCCUCUGCUUCCACGGCCUCUCCUCGCCCGUCAAGCUCAAGCUGCUGCUGGGGAUCCUGCACUUGCCCCGCCGCGCCGUGGACGAGAUGAAAGGUGCACUGACUGAAAUUAUCCAGCUCGCUACUUUGGAUCCAGACCCCUGGGUCUUAAUGGUGGCUGAUAUUUUAAAAUCCUUUCCAGAUAUUGGCUCCCUUAACCUUGAUCUGGAAGAGCAGAACCCCAAUGUUCAGGAUAUCUUAGGAGAACUGCGAGAAAAAGUGAGUGAUUGUGAAUCAUCAGCCAUGUUGCCUUUGGAAUGCCAGUAUUUAAAUAAAAAUGCCUUGACCACAUUGGCUGGACCGCUUACACCUCCCGUAAAACACUUCCAGUUGAAACGGAAACCCAAAAGUGCCACUCUUCGAGCAGAACUCUUGCAGAAGUCUAAUGAAACUGCGCUACAGCUCAAGAAGACCGCUGGAGUAUCUUUUCAUGCCAAAGGAAGAGGAUUGGUUAAAAAAAUUGAUACAACAACUCCACUCAAAGGAAUACCAAAGCAAGCUCCUUUCAGGAAUCCCACUGCUCCAAUUGUGUUUAGCCCUGCAGGAAAUAGAACUCCCAUUCCAUCCUCAAGAGUGCCUCUAUGCAAGGAGAGAGGCGUAAAGUAUAUAGAUAUCAAAGAGCUGAAUAACGUUGUUUCUGGUCGGGAAGCCAAAAGAAGAAGGAAGACUUUAGAUACAGAUGUGGUGGCAAAGCAAGCAAAGGAAGAAACAGUUGUAGAAAAUGCUACUCCAGAUUAUGCUGCUGGGCUUGUGUCAACUCAGAAACUUGCUUCCCUGAACAAUGAUCCUGCGCUUGCUUCUACGAGUUACCUGCCUGCGGCGCCCAGUGCUGUGCCGCCCUCCUCUUAUGUCCCGAGUCCUGACCCCCAGCCAGCUGGAUCCAUUCGGGAACCCUUGCAAGUUAAAGAGGUUAAAGAGGAAGCUGCUUCAGCUGCCACAGCUGCUGUCCUGACUCCGUUUAAGCAAAGGACGCCCAUGUAUCAUAGUCAGUCGAACAUAACUGUUGCCGCAGCAGCGCCAACAGAGUCUCCGGUAACUCCUCCGGUCACCUCUCCGGCCACGCAGGGACCACCAGCCACUCCCCAGGAGGCCCCCACCAAGAAGGGCCUCCGUCUAACAAAGGAGCAAUUGUUUGCAGCACACGAAAUAUUCCAGACAGCAAACAAAGUUACAAGGCCAGAGAAGGCUCUGAUACUUGGAUUUAUGGCGGGAUCCAGAGAAAACCCAUGCCAAGAGCAGGGCGAUGUGAUCCAGAUCAAACUCAGCGAGCACACAGAAGUCUUGCCCAACACCGAUGGAACCGGAAGCACCACCAUGCUGGUGGACACCAUCUUUGAAAUGAACUAUGCAACUGGCGAGUGGAGCAGGCUAACGAAAUACAAGCCAAUUACAAAUGUUUCUUAAAUAAUUCAGUAACAGGAAGAUGUAGACCAAAUAGAUCGUAGAAUAAGCCAGCUUGUACAUUAUGUGUCAACUAAACAGAACAACGUUCCUGUAUAUGACUUGUAACCAGCCAGUGUCAUAGCUAUGGUUGGCUGAAGUAGCAGGACAAGACAAAAUGGCAGCGCAUGUAUUUUAUUGUAGGAUUGGGGAAGGAUGCAGUGAUUCAUAGUCUUCAGCAGCUGGACAGAAAAGAGGUUAUAUUUCCAUGCCUUGAGAAAGAAUAGUAAAGAAGGAUCUUCUAAUGAGGCAGAUUUCACAGCAGGGACCUCAGUGCCAUUUCUUUUUCCCCAUUUGUAGCUGACUGCAAGUAGCGUUUGUCAUUUUGGGUGGCCCUCAUUGGGGUGAUUUCCUGAGGUACUGUGAAAGCCUGCAGGGUAGUCCCUCUUUCUUCUGCUUCUCAUGAUUGCACAAUAGCGGAUCUGAGUUGCCUUGGUAACAUCCACUGCCCAAGUGUCUGUACAUGGAUUUGUCAUAUAAAUAGGCUACCUUUUAACAUGUAUACAUAAAAAAAUAUAAACUCAAAGGUUACAGUCUCAGUGGUGCUAAUGUUAGUUAACUUCCAUAGUGUUGAAGUUGAAUGAGCAACAUUUGCUCUGCUGCUGUAUACUCUUGAAAUGGGUAAAUUCCAAGCAUUUGAAAUCUGAUGCUUCAGGCUAAUCUAACUAAUUCCAAGAACUUAAAGGAUUCUCUUGCCUGAUGGAACUGAACUGAACUGGUACCUUUUCAGUUUGUUGAAUAUUGGUGGAUGUCAUAAUGUGGUGAAGCUUUUGGGGAACGUCAUUCCUUUUUAAGCAAGUCAAAACAAUAAUUUGGCACCCCUUCCUUACUUUGUAACACCAUUGCUGACGGAUGGAUCUGAGAUGGUUUAUCGCACGUGGCUCAUUUUCUGCCAAACGUUUUCUGGGGAUUUAGUUGGUCAUCUUAGGGCUGCAGGGUAUCAUCAGGAGUGAUGUUCCUUGCAGGCACUCCAACCUAUCAUUAUUGCAAAUGUAUCUCUUCUUCCUGACAAAAGCUGAGGGCCUUUUAGGACAGUUUUCUAGUUUCUAAGCUCCUGGGGAACUUCACUUGUAAGCCUUUGAAGUUUAAGAAUUGACAGCUCAAUAGUUUAAUCAUUUAUACAGAGAAAGAGCUAAAGAAUUUCAUUUUUUUCUGUUCAGUGAAAUUGUUGAGAUGGUAGGGGUUUUUUUCUUUAAAUUAAACUGAAGGUCAAGGGAAGCUGUUUGGGAUAGGUGAGAAAGAAAAAGAAUUGUGCUUGCCCAAGCUACAGAUGGAAAUAAAAUAUUAGCAAAGUUAUUUUGGUUCUUAGCUCCUGAUAUGAACACCCUCUGGAGAAUCUUAAGCUAGAAAGAGGGAAUAUCGGCUGCCUUUUAUGUUUUAUUUUAACAUACCUGAAUUAUGUUUUUUGUUGCUGUUGUUGCUGUUAGAGAAUAUCAGAACUCUUCUGGAAUAGUAUGUUUGGCUUGAUAUUUCUUGUCCCAAAUUUGAUUGCUUGAGACAAGAGUGUUACCUGCCUUCCCAUUCCUUGACUGUAACAUUUGUGUCUAAAUUAUACCCAGUGAGCAAACCAGAAUCAGGAAAGCAUCACAAAGGGGUAAUUUCAGAAGAAGUUCCUUGUGCAGCUGCAUUUUAUUGGGCAUUUCAGCCAGACCUGAACCUAGAAGCAGGGUUUUAAACUGUAGGUCUAGUUUUACCAAAGUAGUAAAUUUUAUGAAAUAUCAACCUGGCUUGUUCAGGUUAUUUUAAGAGGCAACCUGGCUAUGUUCUUUUAACAUUGGAGGCCUCUGCCCCCUCAUUUGCUGGCGUGUAGUGUCACAUGUUCUAGCAUGAUCAAGUGCUAAGACAUUAACCAUUUGUUUGAACAUCAUGGCCAUCUCUGUCCUGAAGUACAUUACAUUUCAUAUAUCUUUUAGCCAGCAACUUGGUUUAAAGUUAAAAAUGAUAGUUUUCUGUAGAAUAGUUGUGAAGACUUACAGCAAUACAAACUAACAAAAGUGUUCAUGGUUCUCUUAAAUAAGGGAAGUGUCAUCAUCUCAUUCUAGAAUACUUCCAUUAAUAUUUUGCCAGGGGGAUGGGGUGGGUGUCAAAAAAAUCAGGACGGCCACAGCUGUGUGAUCAGAGCAUGUAAGAAAGGGCCAGGUCUUUGAUUACACAGUUGUGGCCACCAUCUUGACUUUCUCACCACCCCUGCAGGCACCCCUGUUGGAAAAGCAGUAGCUUCCAUGCUAUCAUCUGUGAAGGAAUUCGCUCAGAUGAAUUUAAAUGACACAGACAGUAAGAUUUAUUGUAUGGACUUGGCAUAUCCGACAACAAAGAACGUUUUUGCCUCACCACGGCAGAAUGUCAGCCGUGCAUAGCCAGCAACUGUUACUUGAGUUAGAAGUUCCUUUAGCGUCAGAUAGCAAUGAAACUCCUGAUGGUGCAACCCAGAAAUAAUAAUGUGGACAUCCUGCUCUUCAAAGAGAUUCCUGUUAGAUCCCCAUCUUUGCUAGGCUCUCGGGAAAUCUCAAUCCAAUUUUUAAAAAUUCGAUUUGGGCUGGCAAGUGCUGACACUGUAUAUUGAAAUUAAGGGAUGCAUCUGCCCAGGGUGAACCUUAAGAAUAUGUUCUUUCUUGGAUCACUGUUCCUGCACCUUGUAUUUUCAGGUUAGGGUAAGGCUCCCUGGAGAGGGCUAGAAUUAAGUCCUGCAAAGGCAGGAUGGAAAGGGACAUGGGGUGGGAUUGAGAAAACACAGACAGUCCGGCAGCCACCCGGGUCUCUCUGAACAAGCAGCAUAAUUACUCAAAGCAACAGGGCUCUCUGUGUCGUCAUGCUCUGCUUAAAAGGAACUGUUCUGAUUCUGACAGAAGAAGACAGACGACAAGUGCUAUCCACCAUUCUAAUUUUUUUCCCCCCAGGAAAAAAAUGUUUCAAAGUCUGAUUCUAGUUAUGUGAAAUAUCCAGCAGUCCCAAGCACCAAAAGAGCAAAAGAGUUACUUGUAGAAAAACACACAGCCUUCCUCUUGGCCUGCUGGUUAGUGGCAGGGGGGAGUGGUGGCCCAGAGGUUCUUUGGCGCCUUGGGUCUUCCCUUGCGAAUCAUGUUGCAGUGCCCCCGGCCACCGCUGGCACCGGAGAAUAAGGCAGAGCUAGUAACUGAACCCAGAGGGAGUUUGGCACCCUUUUAACAAGCAAUGUUGUUUUGUGAAAUGUUGCAUACAUAGUAGAGCCGGCCAUAUGUUUUCUAUCUAUUUCGUUUUUGUACAGAUGUAAAUGCAAAACCUCAUGUCCUUGAGUAUGUAUUUUCGGCAUAAUAUCUGUAAUAAAGUUCAGAUUUUUCUAAGUA